GAUUUUUCUAAAAUAACCAGUAAAAAGAAGUGUUAAAAUAUUAUAAUUAAUUAUAAAAAGGUUUCUAUGUAAUGUAAAAAUUUAUACGGGCGAUUGUAAUUUUUUUUCUUAUUUCUAGAAGUGAUGUAUUAAUUUUUCGAACUACUAAAUGACAGUUUAGAUAUACUAUUGACCAGUGCAUACCUCCCAUCUAUUUUCAGUCCUAGGUACCUACGGCAUCGCAAUCACCGAAAUUAAAAAAUAUUAGGGAUAAUUUCAACAGCCUUAAGUUAAUGUGAAGUGAAACGAAUAAACUGUCGAAAUCAUUUGUUAUGUGAGCUAUGUGUAAACUUAAACUAAGUGUUCAGAAAUAGUUAAUUUCUAAUAAUUUUGUGUAGGAAUAACCAGCUGAUGGCGGGUGAAAAUACGGGAAUGGCUUGGCAGUUUAGUGAACAUACCUAUAAAAGAUUUUUGAAGUGAUUUUUAUUUCCAUAUUUGCAUACUUAGACUAUUCUUAUUCCAAUUAAUUUAAAUUUUACAAAAUAUUCAUCAUAAAAUCAAACGACUUGAUAAUUGGGCGUGCUCUAAAGUAUAAGCACACACCUUGUGGCUUGUCAUUGAUAUUUAGCAAUCAUUCAUAAAUUCUGGACUAUAAAUAUACCCAAAUGAUUCGUUUGAAAUUUUUUAUAAUUUGACAAAAAAUUGAAAUAGUGAAAUGCAGAGUGAUCUUAUACUGACCCCUUUGUAAAUAGUGUUUCAUUGUUAUUUUUGUUAUUGCUGAAGGUUUCUAUAGUCCACAAUGUCGACGACGGCGUUCGUCGAUAGAAUUGAUCCAUUUGCCAAAAGAUCACUCAAGAAGAAGACCAAAAAGUCUCAAGGUAGCUCUAGAUAUCGAAACUCUCAAGAUGUUGAACUUCAACCAUUACCUCUUCUUAAAGAUGUACCAGCGUCUGAACAAGAAGAAUUGUUUAUACGUAAACUUAGACAGUGCUGUGUUGCAUUUGAUUUUAUGGAUCCCGUAGCUGAUUUGAAGGGAAAAGAAGUUAAAAGAUGUACUUUGAAUGAAUUGGUUGAUUACAUAACAGGAGGAAGGGGUGUUCUCACUGAGCCAGUUUAUCCUGAAAUUAUUAAAAUGAUAUCUGCAAAUCUAUUUAGAACGUUACCCCCAAGUGAAAACCCUGAUUUUGACCCAGAAGAAGAUGAUCCUACAUUGGAAGCGAGCUGGCCUCAUCUCCAAUUGGUUUAUGAAUUUUUUCUAAGGUUCUUGGAGAGUUCAGACUUUCAACCGACAAUAGGAAAACGUGUAAUUGAUCAGAAAUUUGUUCUACAACUGCUAGAAUUGUUCGAUUCGGAAGAUCCGAGGGAAAGAGAUUUCCUGAAAACAGUAUUGCACCGUAUUUAUGGGAAAUUUUUAGGUCUGCGAGCCUUUAUUCGAAAACAAAUUAAUAACAUUUUUUUGAGGUUUGUGUAUGAGACUGAACAUUUCAAUGGAGUUGGAGAGCUUUUAGAAAUCUUAGGUUCGAUUAUUAAUGGCUUUGCGUUACCGCUUAAAGUUGAACACAAACAGUUCCUGGUGAAGGUACUUAUACCUUUACAUAAGGUUAAGUGCCUGUCGUUGUAUCAUGCGCAGCUAGCCUAUUGUGUUGUUCAGUUCUUAGAGAAAGACCCUACCCUGACUGAACCGGUCGUUAGAGGCCUUCUCAAAUAUUGGCCCAAAACUUGUAGCCAAAAAGAAGUUAUGUUUUUGGGAGAAAUUGAAGAAGUUUUAGAUGUUAUAGAGCCAUCCCAAUUCUUACGUAUUCAAGAGCCAUUGUUUAGGCAAAUUUCUAAGUGUGUUUCAAGUCCUCAUUUCCAGGUGGCAGAGCGUGCUUUAUACUUUUGGAACAAUGAAUACAUUAUGUCUUUAAUGGAGGAAAAUAACCAUGUUAUAAUGCCAAUUAUGUUCCCUGCACUCUACCGUAUUUCCAAAGAACAUUGGAAUCAAACUAUAGUCGCGCUUGUAUACAAUGUUCUUAAAACAUUUAUGGAAAUGAAUUCAAAAUUAUUUGAUGAACUUACUGUGAGUUACAAAGCUGAAAGACAAAAAGAAAAGAAACGAGAAAAGGAAAGAGAUGAAUUGUGGAAGAAAUUAGCGGAGCUCGAGAUAUCCCAUAACAAGAAUACAUCUGCACAGCAUAAUAAUAGCCCAUCCAGCAAAAAGUGAUAAUAUAAUAAAUAACAGCCUAAUAUCCCUGCCCCUUGUUAAUGUUUGCUGCAUUGAAGAGUUAUUUCUACAGUUUCACUAUUGAACCGGCUUCAGAAAAAAGGAAUUAAAUUUAAAAUAAAUUUUAUCUGAAAUUGGUUUUCAUCAAAUAUUUAUUAAAAAUGUAAGUGUUGUUGCAAAUCACUAUGUCUAUUAUUUUCUGCAAAUUUGAAAUUUUGUUAACAACUCGAACUCAUCAAGCACGUGUGUUUUAUCAAAAAAUAAAAAUAACUUAUAUGCAGUUUUGUUAGUAUCAAAUAAAUGUACACUUAAUGGGCUGUAAAAAGUAUUGAUAGCUUUUUUGAAAAUGUAGAAAAUUCACUAUUUUAGAGAUUCAUAUAAAAAUUUAAUCGUCUCGUAGAGUGAAUUUCGUAAUUAUUUCUUGUUUUAAAAGAUGCUGUAAUAUGUUUUGCAAUUAUAUUGCACUUGCGGUUAAGAUAUAAUAGUAUUUUCUGUGGUGACGUUCCGAAUUACACCCUCGUCCUCCACCUUCAGUUCACUCGGUGGUUAAAAAAAGGCCAAAAUCAUUAACGUGCAUGAAUAUAAACAAAAACAUCAACAUGGAGCCUAUAUAGAAAAGAUGUUGGUACACAGUUAUAGCGUUGCUGUGCUUAUCAUCAAAUAAUUAGAUAUAUUUUUUGAAAAUGAAAAUCGGUGAUUUCAUACCAUAGCGGUCCUCUCGUUUUUCGCUCUAGAUAAUAGAAUUACAGGAAUAAAAAAAAGUUUUUAAUGGUCAUGUAAACACAAUCAUCCACGUAUAAUUAUUGAUAACUUUUUUACCAACAAUAUAAAGAAUGCCAUAUAUUUUUUGCUUAAUCUACCCAAAAAACGAAAAAAAUUUAAAAAAUUAUGAUUUUUCAUGUUUUUAUACAUAUUGUACUUUUUCAUCCAAUAAUCAUCAAAAUAAUAUAAUCAAAAUAUUUAUAGAGCAAAAUCUGCUAUAAGGGGUAGUUUUUUUCAAAACACCAUGAUAAAUAAACGGAGGUAGUUUUAAGCAUUAUUUUCAUAUUUCAUUUUUUCUACAUAUACUAUCAAGCAUUUAAUAUAAAAGAACAUGUUUCUAAAAAAAGUAGAUGAAAAUGUAGAAUGGAAGAAAAUUGUACUACUCCAUAUUUGGGAUAAAUGUUAUUCUAAUAUGAGGUACCUAAUUUAAUUUGUAAAACUUGGAAAUAAGUAUAUAACUAAGAAUUAUUUUGUAUUAUUUAGAAAUAUUUAUGGAAAUGAAAAAAGUUUACCGAAAAAAAGUUAUACAUAUAAACAUAAAGAAACGUGCUUCUGAAAAAAGCAAAAGAAAAUAUACAGAAUUAAAAAAAGUACACUACUCUAAAUUUGGAACAUAUGUUAUCCUAAUAUGAGGUACACUUUGUUCCCAUAUGAGGUACUCAAUUUAAUUUGUAAAAUUUGGUAAUAAGUAUAUAAGUAAGAAUUAUUUUGUACUUUUUAGAAAUAUUUAUGGAAAUGAAAAAAGUUAACCUAAAAAAGUUAUACAUAUAAACAUAAAGAAAUUAUAUAGAAAGUAGAACAAGUUAUGACGCAUUAUCCAUUCUUCGCCACUCACAUCUUCAGAGUACGGAAUUUCGCAAAAAAAAACAAACAGCAUCUUCAAAGCUUUCUACCUGGUGGACUGAAUUUUUAUACUCCGAUAGGUUUUAUUUUUUUCUACUGAUUUGGUUUUGAACAAUUAUCUUCCUAGUUUUAACAGUAAGUUUCCACUUCUUGAAUGCUCUUUAAUAAUAUUUUUGAAGCAGUUGGAACAGGCAUCAAGUUUGCAGGGAUUCUCAAGGGUAACCUGUCUCCCAGUGGUUUGCUUGUCUUUCAGAGGCUUUUGGUUCGCUGUUAUCUGAUUGUGUAUCCUCUUCUUUUUCUUCAUUCACUGUUUCUACUCUUUCUUCAUUUUGCUUCUUGCAUUUCUGCAACAAAAUCUUAUUCUUCGAAUGCGUUUCUAUCAUGAGGAAACAUUCCGGAUCUUUAAACCCGUUUAUACUGAUAAAUUUUCACAUGAGGUUUCCCAUUUCUUUAAAUUCGCCGUAAAAACAAAAGUUGAAUUAAUUCAUUGAAAUUGAAUGAUUUUUCGACUUUCUAGAGCCACAAAAACGAUAGUAUAAAUUAUCUGAAAAUGUAGAAUAAAAUAUUUGUAAAUGAGGUGCAGUCAUAACCUGAAAAGUUAAUAUUUUACUUUUACCUGUGUUUUUAGAUUAUAUUUGCCACUACAACCCUAUUUUAGUCUAACAGUUUCUUAAGACCAUGAACAUUGCUUCACCAAUGUAUUACUUAGCCCGCUAAUAAAUAUAGAAAUGUUCCUUUUAUUAGUGUAUUCGGACGGAUCGACUAUUUUUUGUAAAGAUUUUUUUUGUAACAAAAACUAAAUCACCUUUUUUCUAAAAUCAAUACUAGAUACUAAUAGAGAAACUUGAUACCCAAGUUUCUCCUCGCUAAAUGAAUUUGUUUUUCUCAUAUGGUCAGUAAAAAUAAGUAGGAAAUUGAUUCAAUUUGUUUUAUUAUUAAACAUAAAUCUCUACAAAAUAACAUUAGAACUGGAAAAUUCCAAUCUCAAAAUUGUAGCAUCUAUUAUGUCCACAAAAAUAUAAGCAAAUCACCCAAAAAACUCUUAAAAUCUAACUUGUAUCCGCAUACAUUCAAGGAAAAAUCAGUGCACAAUUUUCGUUACCCAGGGGACAUUCUCGUAACAGAAGAGACAAUAGCCCUUAUUUGGUACAUUACAUUUCUCACAAAUGGUUACUUGGUGUUCUUCGUACGCCACUAAAUACAAAAAUUAUCAAAGCGGAUGGUCCUACUUGUAAAAGAAAUAUAGAAUCGUUAGUAGUUUGAAUCAUUGAUUUAUUAACUCAAAAGUGUCACAACAAAUUAUCAUAUGUAUAAAAAAUUGAAAUAUAUAACUAGAGAAACUCUUAAAUUCCAAAAUAUUUAUCCUUAAAAAAAACAAAAAUGGCUUGAUCUGAACUAAAGACAAAUUUGACUUUAGUACAUCCAGCUUCCUCAUCGGGUAGACCAAACUAUAGGCACAUGUGUGUUGGACUUGAUGGUAUGAUUCUCAAGGGUGUUUCUUAUAGAUUAAUACGAGACUUUAGAGAGGAUCGAAGCCCGGCGGACCAAAUUUUUAACUUAAUAAUUCGGAGAAACUAAGACCAAAAUCUAGAUCUACAUAUACUUUUCAUAGAUUACCCAUAAGCAUUCCUACAAAGUUGUAUGUGGUUCUAAAAGUUAUAGGUGUCCCAAGAAAGAUUUUUAAAGAAAAAUAAGGCUGAAUCUGGGGGGCCUUUUAUUCACUCAUCUUUUUUACAUCUCAUUACAUUACAUAUGCAGACGAUAUUAUACUGCUAUCCCGACCCUAGGUGAAUUGUGCAAGCAUACAUAAGAAUAGAAAAUUGAUAAAAAAGAUUUGAGCUUAAAUAUAUGGAAAUGCAACGCCAAUGGAAAAAUCGGAGAGAUGGCGACCUUUCAGGACGAUAGAUGAGGAAUAUAAUUUUGAGUCCUUUGACUAUCUAGGAGUGUUAAUAACGAAUACAAAUGGAGAGACGAAAGAAACAGAUUGUAGAACAAUGUAAAUAAUAUUCAAGGAGCAAAAGGAAUAUUCAAAGCAGCAAACAUCCUGGGUGCUAAAUCAUAAUAGUACUGGAAAACAAGGAUGUGGGAGAGGAAAGUGCUCCGAAAAAUACUGUCGAGCAUGAAAUUAUAUAUAUUAUAUAUUAUAUAUAUAUAUAUAUAUAUAUAUAUAUAUAUAUAUAUAUAUAUAUAUAUAUAUAUAUAUAUAUUAUAUUAUAUACUAUACUAUAAUAUAUACACCUCGAUUCAGCUCGUCGUGAAGGACCCUGUACAUCCUUGACUGCCUAUUAAAGAUUAUUGUGUCGUUUCACCACACCUGAUCGAUGAAAAGUUGAAAAAACAAACACUUUCGGUAUUAAAAGUUAAUUAUUAAUUAAUAUUAAAAGUUAAUUAAUAAAUUUUCAUGUUUCACAUUGUAGUUAUAACUACAGUACAAUAUAAACAUUCAUAGGUAUUUCAAAUGAAGAUUUACAAGUUUCAUAAUGAAAAACGUUUUCUUUAAGUAUAAAAUUAAAAUGGAAAAAUUGCAACGUGUUUCACUGUUCAUAUAAUUCGUGGAUGUGUCGCCUAGUCAAAACUAAACAGUUUUUUGAAAAUUCAAGAUAUUGAUUAAAUUCGAUCUUAAAACUUAGAACAAAAUAAUUUGUGCUAAUAUGGAAUAAUCGAACAAAUUAAUUUAUCGAAGAAUGUUUAAACAAAGCUUUUGUGACUAUCAUUUGCACGUUUUACAGCAGGACAUUUUGACAUAUUUUUAACCAAGAUUUAUGCUCAAAGUUGUGAAAGAGGAUUUCAAAGUUUUUUCUUAUAGUUUCUGCUCGCGGAUUGUGGUCGUCUAUGGCUUUUUCAAACUGAUCCCAAGCAUAUUCCAUGGGUUUCAGAUUAGGCAACUAUCAUUGAUAAAAGUGAACCGAGGGCCUUUAUCAACAUAAAAUUGAUCUCUUUAUACUUGUCAUGUUUUCAUCCGUCCACUGAAAACAUUACUUAUUCAGACCAUAAUUGAACUUCUUCGAAAAGGGUGAAUAUCAAAGCCAUUGAUGGCGUCAAUGGAUUAAUCUAUAUUCGUUUUCGUGUACUGUCUAAAAAUAAUCCAUAAAGAGAUUCUGUAAAGAUCGCGAUCCCAAAUUCAUUACACCAUGUUGUUGUUCUAAUGUUCAAGCUAAUCUUUGUUACCUAUAGGUGUCAAUAGUACUCUAUCAGAAUCUUGAAUUGGUAGAUUUUUCUUAUUCUUGAGAACGAUCUAGAAACACUUCUAGCAUAGUUCCUAGUAACGUUGUGGGCGGCCAAGUGCCGUCAAGCACAUAGACCUUCUGAUAGGCCUAACUUGACUUAGUUGAUAUUGUCAAAGGCCGAUGUCGAUCAGGCGCUUUGGCUUCAACCAACACUACACCAAGAAUGAGUUUUGGGCCCAUUGGUGAGAUGUAAGUCCUCUUCAUCGUUGUCCUCAUCUCUAGCAUUAAAAAGUUUUAUACGAAUCGUAAGUCGCAGAUGACAAUUAUCAAUGGCGGUUGUUACUCUGGAUCUUACACAUUUCUUUCGACAACGGGUUCAGUUUUAAGCAUCUUCAAAAUACAUUGAGCCCGCUUCGAGUAAUCCAAUAGCUCGAGUUUCUUCGAUAGUUAAUUUUUUUGCCAUUAUUAAAAUUAGUUCUUUGAAAAAUUUUAUACAGCCGUUCAAUAUUUUUAUACAAAGAAAUGUAAUUCUAAAUUCAGAUUUUUUAUCAUAGAUUCUAAAAAUGAAAUAAAAAAAUUAUCACAAAGCAACACCAAAAUAAAACUAAUAAUAACAAAUUUCACUAAAUAAUUUGAAAUAGGUCCAUUUAGACCCUUUACCUUCAACUUUUGAAUGUGUUUCAAAUAGUGUCAUGAAGUUGGCUUUUAUUUAUUUAUUUUUUUUUUUGGUUCAAAGGAGGACCUAUAAAGUAAACAUUUAUAUUGUACAGCUCAAAGAAUGAAUUGCUCAGAUUUAAAUUUCCUUUUUGUUUCUUUAAAGUUUUGGGAUAAAUAUUUUUAUUAAGUAGCCUUAUGCAUUAACGGUGAGAUAAAAGGAGGUGGACGAGUGUAUUAAAUAUUAGGGCCUUGCUGUGGAAAGUAUAUUAUUUAUUUGUUGAUAACAAAUAACGAACGUUUAUUAAGAUAGAUUCAAAUAUUUAGCAAUUAAAUUUAAAAAUAAGAUACUGCACGAUAUUUUGUAACGUAAGUCAUUUGUAAAAAGUCGUACACUCAAUGUUACAAGGAUUGUUCAAUUAAAACACACAUUUACUAUGAAUUUAUUCUAAUUGGUUACGGAACAUAAAUACCUAUAGGAUCUGUCUCUAGCUAAAAUCCCUUGUAAUAAACGUAAAUCCGGACAACGCCGGCUCAAAUAAAUUUCUUGGUAAAAAACUAGUUCUCUUUUUCUAUUCCACCCUAUUUUAUCAAGUGAUAACAGAAGGGCUUUUAUUUAUCCGAUAAAUUUCUUUUUAAAUGAUAACAAUUCACCAACUCAGUAAUUUUAUGCAAAAUCAUGUAGAGCAAUUCUGUCAAAUGUUAGUUGGCUCAACUAUUUUUGACAAAUAAAUUAACGAUCAAAUGUGAGUACAAUAAAGGACUAAGCCCAAUAUAUUGAAGCAUCAGAAAAUGGGUAAAAAAAUGGCGAAAAUUUGUUUACUUAUUCUCGGUUAUAUCGAUGUCUGAUGUUCAUAAUAUAUUAAGAAGCAUUUAUAUGUUCUUACAAAUGUUUCACAAAGUGUCAACGGGAGAUUUAAUUUCGUUUUAUGAAUGUGGUUUGGUCCAAUUUGUAGUUGUAGAUUUUUACACUGCCAAGCAUAAAAUUAGGAUCACCCCACCCCGUAAGAGAAAUUUUUAUGUUUUCUCGGAUCUUUUUCGGUUGUAACAUAGUUUGCUAAAUGUCUGCUUUAAUGAAAAAGUAGUUUCUGUUGUUGAAUGUAAUGAAAAUGAAUAAUUUCAAUUUAUACUAUGUAAUGACAAUGAAUAAAAUCACUUUGCUAUGGUUUUCGUUGAAACAAAAUAAAUUUUAAGGUAUUCCCUCCUCUGAUAGUGAUAACAUCUUGCAAACGCGAGGCAUGCUUUUGAUCAGAUUUUACGUAAAGUUCUGUGGAAGACUGUCCAUUCCUGCACCCGUAUGUCGAGAAGCUCUCUAGAAUUUCUGGGAUCGGCACAUGUCUCCGUAAAGGUCUCCCCAUCUCCCCACAAGGGUUCAAUGGGAUUUAAGUUUGGAGUGUGAGCAGGAAACAAAUUACGUGAUUUGAACCUCGUAUUCGUAUAGAUAUUCGGUAACUAUCCAAGCAGUGUGGAUAUUAUCAUGUAUAAAUAUUGCGUCUUCUCCAAGAAUAACCAUGAGUGGUACAACAAGGUCUUCUAGAAUCUCGGUCAGGUACCUGUGCGCAGUCAAAGUCCUAUUCUAUAAAGAGUAACUCUGUUCGAGAGUCAAAAGAUAUGGCUUCCUGACAUAACUGAUCCUCCACCAAAUGGAAGUCGCUGGGAAAUACACGCUUGAACAUAUCACUCGCCUUGGCAUCGCUAUACUCUUCUACGUCUAUCUAUCUAUCUAGGCCCGUAAGUCAGAAUCGCGAUUGAUCGGAAAACAAUACACGAAUCCAAUCCGCUAUUGUACAAGCAAUAAUCCUACAGCAUGAGAUCGCCUCCUAAAUGUCCAAUCACAUUUCUCACUUCUUGCGGAUGAUUUCGAAAGGAAACUGCAAUCACCGCCCAGUUUCUCAAAGCACCAGAAACGAGAAAACGGUCAUAUCUAGCUGUAGUACUCCUGUCUCGUCCUGAACCAGAUCUUCGCGUGACCAAACCAGUUACACACUCGAGAAACAGUAUUAGGCGAGGGACCUUUUUGUCGAACAUUUAUCUAAAUAACAAAAACUUUUUGUUUAUUCAAGCAAUCAGUUGGGAAACUAUGGUACAACCGAACAAAAAACCAAAAAAAAUUAAAAUAUCGAAAAUAACUUCAAAUUACGGGAUGACCCUAAUUGGAAAAUUUCAAAAAAUUCAUCUCUGUAUUUUAAUCUCCAACUUGUCAUUUCUUGCUAAUUCCCGCCAUUCUUACGGAAACCCCGACUGUGUCUUUUGCUAUUCUUAUCAGUCUUUCUGCUCUUUUUUGGGAAAAAAUACUAGGUUUUCCGCAUUUUUGGAGGUUCGGACAUGGAAUUCCUUCUUCACAUUCGGCUAAAGCAGGGUACAUACUACUGCGUGAAAUAUUUUGAUUUUGAAAAAUGGAAACUAUGGCAGACUUAGGGAUCUGUCCAACCAAAUUAUGAAUGCUUCAUCUCAUUUCCAACUUGUAAGACAUUAAUGCAACUGAUAUAAAAAAGGACAUGUCUACGUUAGUAAGUGCCCCUCGUAAAACCUAUGUCAAAAAUACUAUGUGAUUUUAGCCAAUUAGAGUUAUGAUUAAGUGUGGAAUAAGUUUUAAAAGUAACAGUAGAGCCUUGAUUAUAAACCACAAUCUAAAGAUCAAAGCGAACUAUCAACAAUAGGUGUUUCGUGCGAUACCGAAUAUCACAGAGCAUAAUAAUGUCAAAUUAAACGUUCAUUAAUUGUUCGUGGAUAAAUGUUCGAAAUGUAUUCAAAUAAAGAACAAAGAUAAGUCAGAUCCUAAGAAUGUAAAUACUUUAUUUCGACCUGAUUAUUUAGAAGAGUAGUUAUGUUCCAAUAUUUACCUCGAUUCCUUCAUAAUUGAGUGCUUUAGAAUAAGACGUGUAUAGGUGCAAUUUUAACUAUUUUGAGAUAUUUGCAGUGCUUGAAUGGUUAUUUUAAAAAGUUUGUGAAAAAUUUGUCAAAACUCUAAAAAAGUAUUUAUCCCCUUUCUAUUCCAACUUUUUAUUUAAAAAAACUCGGAAUAAAAUUAUGAUUUUAUUUUGGGGAAAAAUACAAACUUAUGAACAUUAUUCGACAACGGAAUAUAAAAUGAUGUCCAUUUCAUGUGCUGCAUUUUAUUCUUCCACUCCGUUGUCAUUUUCAGCUGGUACAACAGUUUCUUCGCCACUUUCAUUUCUUCGAAUUAAUUUUGAUUUUUGUUUCUUCCCUUAUCUUUUAUCUCGUAUUGAAUGUUGUAAUAUUCAUGAUGUAUUGGAGGAAGUGAUUGCAACUUUUUCCACUUUAGCUCAUUUAUUUUUUGAACAAUCAUUGUUUAACUGCAAAACUUGUCUGUGGCUUUAGAAAAAUAAACGCAUUUGCUAAAAGGAGAUUCUAAAUACUAAGAACAUUUAUAAGAAAACGAUAUUAUCUCUUUUGUGUAAAAGAAAUAUUGAAUUUCCUUAGUGCCUUUUCUGCUCUUCUGUGGUGACCCAUUAUUUGCUUUAUCUCAGAAUCUUUAACUUUUUCUGCAUCCUAAAAAUAUUUGAUCUUAGUAGCAAAACUAUCAUACUUACAAGUGACAGAAUUAGGGCGGUGGAAUUUUAAGUUAAAUUCUGUAUUAAAAACAUAUUGUUAAUACAUCUGUUUAAAAAGAAUUAUUUGUCUUUCCUUACAGUGUUCAAUAUUUUGUUAAUAUUGAGCUCCCGAGAUGAAUAUCGUUAUGGUGAAGUUUGAAUUUCUAGAACAAUGACACCUGUAUUUUGGAAACAAUGUUGUGUGUUCAAUGACCGAAUCUCGUUUUACCGGAUCCAUUUUUAUGGCAGAACUGCGACCUCUCUGGCCCUUUUUACUACUACCAACAUCGCUACUUUUGUAACAAACUGGAGUAAAUCUUUUGUUGCUAAUUUAACAGUUUGAAGAAAGAACAUUUUGCAAACAUACUUAUAUUGAAACUUUUGCCUUUGAUCUCAUUUUAUUUAUUUGAACAUGUUUUUUCUUUAUGCUUCUAUAUACCACUUUACUUUAUAAUCUUCCAAUGUAUUUUUGUUGCAGUUAAAGCGACAGUUAUGUAGAUAUGGUUUCACAUUGCAAUAUAAAUGAGGCUUCUUUUUGUGCCCAAUAUAUGCCUUUCCAGAAUUUUUAAGAAAUUUCUUCUCAUUUACCGACAUUUCGCUUGCGUUUUGGAUUUACUUGUUUGGAAUUUUGUGCUCAUUCUCUGUCAUUUUUGUGAUAUCUGAUCGUCAGAAGAAAUUAUCUCAAAAUUUUAAUUUAGUAUCACAGCGUGGUAAACUAUCUUCUGUAAUAGAAGUAUCCAUAGCAAAAUUUGGUAAAAACUCAAAAUGUGAAGGGUAAUUAGAGGUAAUCAAUAUUCUUACUAUAACGAUAACACUAUUUAACAGCUUAACAUUAACUAAAUGUGGAAUAUUAUUUGGAAUAAAAUGGGUAGGUACAGGUGUUUAUACCUGUUUUACAUAAUUGAACCACAAUUUGUAUUUGUUUUGCCCAAAACAAAUUUAAUUCUUCAAUUUUUAUAUAUGCCCAUAUUCCCAAAUUAAUAAAUAUGCACAUUUACCGCUUUUAUACCAAGGCACUCAAUUUGAAGUGUAAUUCAUAUUUAAUAUUAUUUAAUCCUCCUCUUAUAAUUUGGUACAAAAUCUGAUGAUCCUUUGAAGCCGUGGUUCUAGUGAUAAGAGGACAGAUUACAAUAGAAAAUAAUUUCCUUAAAAUAUUUUAACAAUCGAUUUAAUAUCAACUUCAUUAUGGACAAUCGUUGAAGGAAGACUGGUAUAAAUAAUCGUUUUUAAUUGAACAAACUUCAUGGUUUACAAUAUGAAAUGUUUUAGAAACAACAAACAACUUACCUUUAUAACUCUAACGUGCGAAAUUAAUUUUUAAAGCUUUGCUCAAACCGAAAUGUUUUCGAAGUGAAACUUUUUAAACGACUCUUCCGCUUUAUUUAAGUAUAGUACUCACCAACAUUAUUUUGUUCUUAAUUCUUCUAAUGUAAAUUAUUUCUGUAAACUGCGAUAGAUAUUUUAAAAUUAAAAAUAACAAAUUAUAUAUGUAAUUAACCAGCUCUUUUAUACGUGAAAUUUGUUUUGCUUCAAUAAAAUAGGAAAAAAUUGUGUACAUCCCUUUCCUUUCCAAGUAAAGUACCAAAACUAUCCAAUUUUCAGUACUAUAUGAAAUAGUAGAACAUUUCAAUGUUCGUUCUGAUAAUUAAAAAAAAUAAUUAUACACAUUUCACUUUGGGAUAUACAACCACCCCAAACUUGAAAAUAGUAUAUUUUUUUUAAUCUUGGUACUAAAAAGUGAGUAUUACUAUAAAAGUUAUUAGUGACGAGCUUGCCGUAUUUGUUUUCAAAUAUGUCAUCAUGUUUGUAAUAAUAUUAACAUUUUUUCUCAUAACUUAUUAUGACGAGAGUUUUUUCAAAAUUCAGAUUUCCAAUUAUAAAAUUUCAAGUGGGGUUAACUGAAAUGCUGAGACGCUGACCGUUUUUGAAGAGGUUAUGUUUUUCAUUCCCAUAUUGACAAACUAGAAUUUAUUGACUAAAUGGCUCCUUUGACGUUUUUCUUGUGAUAAACGCGAUACUUACCUAAAUAUUAACAAAAAUCACCUUUAGUUUGCGUGUAUAAUAAAAUAAAGCCUCCAUACGAGUAUAUAAAAUAAUAGGAACUUUUAUUGAGAAACUUUGGUACCAUAUAAAAAAAAGAAAUUCAGGACGGGUUUUCUGUGCCAAUACAUACUUUUCUGAGGUUCCUGUUUUUACCCUUUUACAUACUCAUUUCUCCUGUAGAGAGGAUAUCAUUUUACGUCAUCCCACUGAAUACAUAAAAUUUUUUAUAAGCUCGGUCCAAUGUUCAAAAUACCUACCGGGAGUAUCGAAGAAGUCAUUAGUUUCUUGCUCGAACAUUUCUAUUUACCUUGCAAGAAGAAUAUCUCCACUUUUUAUAUUAUUGUAUUAACACUUUUCGCCUUAAUAUAGAUAAUUACCGACUUUUCAAUCGUUUUGAUACGCUUUCCGUUUAGAUAUGACUGUCUGACCACCAAAACAGUUUAAAGUUCUGAAAAUUGGUUUUUAAAGUCGAGUCGACUGUAGCUUUUGGCACUUUUUCUUUAACUGCGAAAAUAUAUUCUAAGAUAUAAAAUGAAACAAAAAUACUGGAAUACACCUAGAUAAUCACAUCAUCUAGCAAAUUUAUCUUUUGGCAAAUUGAAAUCUCUGCCGUGUUAAUGAAAUAUUCUGUUGGAAUAAGAUGGUGUUUUUGUUGUUCCGGUGUAGGUGAAAACCUCUUAAGAAUUUACUUUUAUUAGAACUAAAAAAUGAGUUACUUUUCUGUGAUAAUAUAAUUCUUUGUGUGAUUCGGGCACUGGUUGUGUCAGGUCGUGUGCAACUGUAACAGAAAAAGAUUCAAGGUGUUAAUCUUUACCUCUACGUCUUUUACUGGAAUUCACAUAUUAAAAGUAGCGGUCAUUGACGUGGUAUUGCAAAUUUAUUGGACCUCUUCUUACCUAGAUACUAACCUAAAAGAUAGAUAUGAAUAUUAAUAUGUAUUUCAUAUUUGAACUUCCGCGAUAUCAUUUUAAAUUUUACUAGACUUGGACAAAACACCUUGUUUAUCACUCGGGUACUAGUUAGCGGCACUCUUUUGCAGCGGUAUUUUUCAGUUUAUCAAAAUUUAUAAAAACAUUAGUUUUAUUACUAUAACUAUCGCAAACUUUAUACCUAAAAAGGGUAUUUUUUUUUCAUUGUUUUGCAUAAUCAACCCAAAAAUCAUAAAAUAAAUAAUCCUAGGACAAGAAACAAAAUUGUGUAUCUAUAUGAUUCAGUAUGAUGUCUCGCCAUGUUAGAAAUAUUACUUCCUAACAAACGAAAAAUAUAUUAUUGAAUAUUCUUUAUUCAAUGCUAACACUUCAUUCUCCACUGACAAACAUCUUUGGCUAUUAUUUGGAUAAACUUUGAAACGUGGAUUCUCUUAGAUACAAUUUAUGUUAACACCAUUUUUCUUGACAAUUUCGUCAAAACGAGGUUGAUAAGUGUCAGUGUUACUUGGGUUGUAAGUAAAACACCACAUGGAUCAAAACUUUUGCAAAUCUUCAAAAUCUUUUUUUUGUCAAAUGGGGCUUGAAAAAGGAUGAAUUUCUUGUUUUAGCAUCUCUUGCAUCUAUGCAAGUUUGAAGACGUCUACGCAUGUAGUUAGUAAUUAGUCGUUAGAUGGACAAUUAUUGAAAGACUUCUAAAUGGAUCCAAAAGUACUUCUUAUUUACCUGAAAAGUCUGCCCCAAGCUUUUAAAAACGCACGGCCCUUUCAGUUUUAUGGUACUCAAUUACGGUCCUUGACUUCCUCAAUACUCGCUUUCGACAAUUCACCAGACAACUAGGUUGGUUCCAGAAUUCUGGUAAAUUUAUAUACUUUCCCUUCCGCUGGAGUCUGUGAAUUGGGUGCUCAUGUUGUAGUGGGAAAAUUCCUCAUAGCGGCAUCUUAAACCACUUCUUUGUAGCAUAAGAUAUUUCAAUUCCUAAGUCCAGUCUCAUACAUCUGUGAAGUUCCACCACUAGUAUGGUACAAAAAUAUUUUUUUUGUAUGAAGUGUGUCCCCACUUGUAAAUCAAAUAUCAUAUCAGCAAGACAGAACAGUGUAGUGUGUAGUGUGUAAAAGUCAAAUAGAAUACAUUUCAUUAUUUUGAUUGCUGUAUAUAUUUGUGAACAUUCUCGAAAAAAAUUGAAUUUAAAUUAUAAAUUGAUAUUCUUUAACGUAAAAACGCGAUUCCUACCUUCCGCUUUUCGAAUGUCAGGUACAAUCCUAAUUUUUUAAAUCAUUGUGAUAUAGCGUUCCAUUCUGUAUUCAAAGAAAUUAUCAUUUUGAAGUAUAUUAUAGUAAAGAUGUAACAUGUAACAGAAUCUAAAACAUUUGAAAGAACUAUAAGUGUCAAUGUUCCAAAAAUUUACCGCAUAAAGCGUAAUCAACAUAAAUAGUUGUUUGAAGUCUUUCAGAUCAAAAGUUUUAGUUAUCCACACAAUGCCUUUCACAUAUCAUAAUAGAAGCAAAUCUAAUAAUGUUAGAUCAGGUGAUCGAACUGGCCAUUCUAUCGAUCCUUGCCUCUGCCUCCACGUUUGGGAAAUAUACCACUGAGAUACUACCGAACCUUUCUUUAGUAAUGUGAUGGUGCUCUAUCUUGCUGAAACCAUGUUGCAUUCACUGGAAAUUUCGUUUCAUUCCCAACAAUCCCUACAUAAACAUUAACCGUUCGAGAAUAUUGCUUUUGUCCUUUUUUCAUUCAGUGAGGAUUUGGAUUUAUUGGAAGCGGCAAUUUUGUAGUUAUCAAACUUGUCGAUCGUUCACUCACAAAUAUAAAUUCUCCAAUCGAAAUUGUUUUUAAUGAGCUCCUGAGUAGGGAGAUUUUAUAGGGAUACAUUUUUUUUCUUUUAAUGCGUUUACUAUCGAUGUAGUGAAUGCCUGUCUACUUGAUGUACGUGGGGUUUUCCUCAAGCAUCACAUCUGUUUUGACUUGUAUCACUCAGUUCAUUGGCAGCUGCUUUUUUAGUUAGCUUUACACGACCAGACUCACGAAACUGCUUCUCUAUUCUACUAAUAGUUCCUUGGAAUAUAAGAGGUAAAUCAGGAAAACCAGUUACUUCCUGCUAUGUUCGGCUUCACAAUUUCAUGGUUGGUGCCAGAAACUUGAAAACAAUUUUUGAAUAGAUAAUAAAGAUACCUUUCAAACUAUACUUUCCAUUUGUACCUGUCAAUCGAUGAGAGUUGAAGGUAGGGAUCGCGUUUUCACGCUGAAAAAUAUCAAUUUAUAAUUCAAAUUUGACUGUUUAGGGAUUGUUCAUAAAUAUGAACAGUAGCCCAAUUUAUGAAUUUAUUCCAUUUGUCUUUUUCAUAUUUUAUUACGUAAUUACCUGACCUCAAAGUACAGUAUGUUCUUCACUAAUGACUUUCGUUUUAUGAAAACUCUACCCGAUCGCUCGUUGUGAAAAAUAUUUCUUGAAGUGUGCUUUCUAUUUGAAAUAUACUGAAAUAUGAAAAACGAAGUAUUUGGAUACAAAAAAUGUUCCUGCAGUUAAUUGAGGAAUGUAAUUGUCAGUUUCUAUAUAUGGAAUCGCGCGAUUGGUCCCCCUCAAACUAUGUAAAAUAUAUUUAACACUAUGAAUCUUGUAGAUAUAUUAAAAAAUAUAUUGUUAAAUCUCUAUUGUUUUUUUUUCUUGAAAGGGUUAAAUUAAUGUAGAUAAAUUAGAGCAGAGUGUUUUGUGUUGUAUAUAAAAAUAUAUUAUAUAUGUCUGAAGUAAAUAUAGCUUAGAUUUUAUUUAGGUACGUUUCCAUGCCAUAUACUUUUUUUAUGUGUUAGAUAACAUAAAAAGCUCUGCUUCUAAGAAUACAACUGUGACCUAAUUUUUAUUUUGUUGUUAAAUAUUUUUGAUUAUUGUGAAUGUAAUAGUAAAUCAGUACAUUUUUAACUUUCAUAAGACUUACUUAAGCAGUUAUCAGUGUACGCAUAUGAGUGCGUCAAUAAAUAUUCUCAUUU